AUGCCUCCACCCUACAGUAGCAAGCUCUACAAUAGCGCGCUUGGAUCACAAUAUCCUUUUGGCAGCAGCAAAUCUUUGUUGGUGAGAGACAUUGCAAGUGUAGCGAGACCUACCUUCUGGAACUUGAAGGCUGGGAAGGGAUACCCAAAAGGGGACGCCAAUCAGGCUCUUCCACUCCAAUAUUUGGUUUGUGGUACGCGCCAUGUCAAGGCCAUUGCUGGCAACAUUGGUCCUGGUAUCAAUGCCAAUGACUUCUUGUACCUUCAAUUGAAAAUGAAAAUGGAGGCAUUCAAUGGUGUUCAAUUGACACCUCAACUUCAAGAACGUCUUGGAUAUCUACAAGGUCGGACCCGAAACGAACAGCGAAAUCAACAAAAGAAAGCACUGGGCGCUGAAGCUGUGCUUGCCAUGGAACGCACGCGAGUUCAGAGCCGCGACGUCAAUGCGGGCACACAAGAAGCUGCAAGAAAGAGAGCAAAGAAGUGUGCCAAAACAAGUGGAGUGAAUCGGAUUGACAAGCGGAAAGUCCAACCAUAUCCAAAAGACUUGGACAAGAUUUUGGGCAAAGCCUUGGUUUACUUUUUCCGGUACAAUCCAUUGCGCACCAAGGACACCAAAACUCAAAACGCAGCGACGGAGACGGCUUUCAAAAAGGUAUAUCUUGCCAUGUUUGACAGAGCCGCGAGACCUAAUUUAGAACAUUUUCUCUACCCUUUUACCCCAUGA